AUGUUAGUACCGAAAUUCACUGACAAUGAUGAAGUACAAAAUAUUUUCACAUUGUUUCAAACACCUCGUGAAAGAAUAUUUUCAACUGAUUAUGAUUAUACGCCAAGAAAAAAUAUGAGAAAGUUUGUCCCAAAAUAUUUACAGCAACAACAACAACAACAACGAGCUUACACUGCUAAAAAUCAAAAUCCACGUCGAAACAAACGUCGUCCACAUUUAAAGAAACCAGACUUCGACGAACACAUAGAUAAUUAUGACGACGAGGAGUAUGACGAUGACAAUACAAUGCAAGAUACUGAUUAUAAUGAUCAAAGGGAUGAAAAUCGAAAUACACAGAAUUACAUUAACAAUAAAUUGAAUUAUAUGAAAAAGAAACCUAUCACAUUUUCAAAUUAUUAUGCAGAUAUUAAAAAUAUUUUAACUUAUCAACAUACACCUGAUAGUUGUAUAUUUUAUUUAACGUUAAAUUCAAAUAAAUUAAUAGGACCGUUUAUAUUUCAUCCUCAAUUGAAUCAAGAACAAGACAAAUACUCAGAUAUAUUUCUCCAAAGUGGAAAAAUCAAUGCGUUUAAUCCAAAAGAUCUUCUGUACAUGAGAAAUCAUUAUGAAAUACCGGUGAAUAAAAUACAAGUUACAGAUCAAAUUCUUGAUGCUGCCUAUGAUUUAGAACGUUUCAUAUUGGAUGAAACUACUCGGAAAAUUCGUUCUCCUAUCAAUCGUCCAUAUGUUGAUCAUAAUUUAACACAACUAAUCAAUGAUUUAAUUGGCAAUAAACAAUUCACUAUUACAAUUUUAGAUGAAUUACGUAGACAGAUAAGUGAACUGAAAGAAGAAAAUAGAAAUUUGCGUGCGCAAUUACAAGAAUAUGAAAAUUGGGCUGAAAAAAACUUUGAUAAACAAUGUGCAGAAAUACAAGAUGAAAAAAUAAAUGAAUCAACAUUUUUAUGGCAUGCAAAAUUAAAUGCUCUUUUAGAUCAAUACAGAGCAGAAAAUGAAGUUCUAAAAUCGCAUAAUUACACUUUAAAUGAAACUCAACAAGCAUUAUAUCAAGAUCAAGAAAUUAUACAACAACAGAAUAAUAAAUUAAAACAAGAAAUCGAUGAAUUGAAGAGAUCACAGAAUCUUAUCUUAGCCAGAUCUCAAUCGGUAUUACGUGAAGAAAGAGAACGUAUGAAUAGAGAACAAGAAGAACUUAGUCGAGAGUUAGCAAAUGUAAAAAAGAAACUGGCUCAAUCACCAACCCCAUGUCCUAUCCAUCAUGGAUAUCAACGGUCCAAUAUACCAGUUCGUAAUAAUGAUAAUUAUUCUGUUUACAAUCAUACAAAACAACCUAUACUCAACAGACAAGAGAGAGGUAUGUCUUUUGGUUAA